AAUAAUUUAUGCCUCAAAAAAUGAACGAAAGAAUUCCUCCAAUUGGGGAAAUAAGAAAUAAGACUGCAUUUAAGCCAAAUAAGACUAUUUAUAAGACACAUAAGAUAUUACCACGUGACUGGAGAAGCAAAACGUCAUCAUGUGCUUGGGUCUUGAUAAUUUGUUAUGAUUCGUUUCGCAUUCCACCCAACUACCCUCUCGUGACUUGCAAAACUUUCGCCAAAAUGAGUGCCAGAAUAAAGCAAUACAAAGAUCAGUUGGAAAAUUUUUUGAAAAAGGACAACGCUUUCAACAAUGUCCUUGCCAAAAUUGAAGAAAAAACCAAAAUAAAUCGAAUUCACCUGUUCUUAGGUUUUUCAGGUGUGUUUGCGUUGUACCUCAUCUUUGGUUAUGGUGCUGCGUUAAUUGUGAACGCAUUGGGUGCAGUUUAUCCGGCGUAUUGCUCUAUCAAAGCAGUUGAGAGUGUUACAAAGGAUGAUGAUACACAAUGGCUUAUAUAUUGGAUUGUUUAUGCAGUAUUCACAAUUAUUGAGCAUUUCACAGAUUUCUUCUUCUCUUGGUUUCCUUUUUACUUCUUGGCCAAGCUCCUUUUUCUUGGGUGGUGUAUGGCUCCAUUUGCUGGAAAUGGCAGUGCUUUUAUCUAUAACAAGUUUAUCAAACCCUUUGUUUUGAAAUAUCAAAGUGAAAUUGAUGAGGUCUUGGAAGAUACAAAAGUGUAGUUAGCUCAGCUGCAGAAAAAGCAAUGAAUACUGCCAAGAAUGAAACAAUCAAGCAGUACAUGAAACAUGCUGAUGAAGUUGACCACGAAAAGCCAGAAGGUGAAGAGGAUAAAAAAGAUAAUUAAACUUAAACAAACACUUACUGAUACAGGGAAGGAAAGCACACCGAUUUUGAGUAGCAUUUUGGCAUAACUGACUUUGAUGGUCUUUGGUACGAUUGUUUAGCUCUUCUAGUGGACAAUAUGACAACUGAUGUAUUCUUGUAGUUGACAUUUUUAUUAUAUCUAUAAGUGAUUAAUUAACCAUGCAUGCAAAAUAUCUUUCCAACCAAUUCUUUAAGAACUCAUAAUUUAGCCAUGUGGCAUUCAGACUGUUGUUUUUGAGGGAAUGUAAUAUUUUUUCAAACUAAGUACAUGCUGGACCUUGA